GAAUCCUUUAUUUUGUUGAUAUUUUAUGUUCCUGUUAAGUGCACAUUGUAUAAUAUAAUAUGAACCUCCUGCCAAAACAGCAAAACCAACGAGAUGUCAAGAAUGUCCUACAGAAAGGCCAAGAAAGCAAAACACAUUUGCUGUCAGUGUAAGCAAUAAGUGUGUAUGGAAUAUGCUGUUGUUUUGUAUGAAGACUGCCUUAGAUUCAACACAAUCUCAAGAAAAUUGUCUUGUGAAUGUUGAUAAGCUGAUUCUAAAGCUUAUAUAGGGAGGCAGAGAUCCCAAACAACCAACUCAAUAUUUUUGGAGAAGAACAAAUUUGGAGGACUAACAUUACCUACUGGACUUAUUAUAAAGCCUUGGCCAGAGCUCCAACAGCUGAAAGCAAAUGGAAGCCAGAGGCUGAGAAAGUUGAUGAAGGCUUCAAGGGUCAGCUCCCAAAGCACAGAGGAGGCUGGAAAAGGCUCCUUCUCUUUCCACAAUUUUCACUGAUUGUCACAGCAGAGGGAACUGAGCACAGAAUGAUGCAAGAUCCUUGAACAGGAAGACGCCAUUGAGAUAAACGAAGAGACUCCUCCUUGGCUUGAUGGUAAGUGUGACACUUACCAACUCCCACAGAAGCCACAUCCUUUUCAGCAAAUAAAAAACAUCUGAGAAUAUGAACUCACUGUCAGUUUGAAUACUGAAGGAGAGGACUGAAGUUGCUUCUGGCAGACAUGAAGUCAAGUCUCUGGUAUUUCUUUGCCUUCUGCUUCCAAUUUGAAGUCCUAGCAGAAGAAAUAAAUGAUUCUGCCAAAUAUGAGAUGUUUACAUUUCAUCAUGGAGGUGUACAAGUUUUAUGCAGAUACCCAGAGAUCGUCCAGCAGUUUAAAAUGCAGUUACUGAGGGGGAAGCAGAUACUCUGUGAUCUCAAUAAGACAAAGGGAAGUGGAAACAAGGUAUUCAUUCAGAAUCAGAUGUUCUGUCAACUCCAGUUAUCCAACAGCAGUGUCUCUUUUUUCCUGGAAAACUUUGACAGUUCUCACCGCGGCUAUUACUUCUGCAACAUAUCAAUUUUUGAUCCUCCUCCUUUUCGACAGAUUGUUACAGGAGAAUAUUUGUAUAUUUACGAAUCACAGCUUUGCUGCCAGCUGAAAUUCUGGCUACCCAUAGGAUGUGCAGCUUUUGUUGUAGUGUACAGCUGUGCAUGCAUAUUUAUAUUUUGGAUUCAAAAAAAGAAGCAUGAACCCAGCAUGCAUGACGCCAAUAGUGAAUACAUGUUCAUGGCUGCAGUAAACACAGCUAAAAAACCUAGAUUUACAGAUGUGACCUCAUAAUCUAGACCUCUGGCAUCUGGGUGUGUACCAUGCGAAGUGAGAAAUAUCCUUAUUUCCUGGACCACAGACAAUCUGACUUGAUUGGACUACAUAUAUCUCCUGCCUGUGUUUUGUUCAAUCUGGACCAGUAACCAUGUCAGUCAAUAGGGAUUUUAACAGACUGCCUUUGUAUUGCUGAGUUCUUUUAAAACAAACAUCUUCUUACAACUGACCUUAUAGAAAGUCUUGCUCAUGUGUGCUCAAUCAUCAGAAGUCCCUGGGAUGGAAUUGCUGCACCUGCUCCUUGCAAUGGACCAGCCAGUAAAACAAUCCCAUUUACCAAAAAAAAAAAAAAAAAAAAAAAAAAA